CUACAGUCAGACACUCAGAGGGACUUGGCUCUCCUUUUGAAGACUGCUCAUCUUCUGUUUUCCUCUUCUCCGAUAGUUGAUAACCACAGCAAACACCAUGAGGAAGUCAUACUCAAUCUCUGGCAGCGGCGGCAGCAUCAGGAGGUCCAAUGCACCAUCUAGCAGCUACUCCGUACAAAGAUCCAGUUAUGGUGCUGGUGGUGGUGGUGGAGGUGGUGGUUUUGUUUCCAGUGGUUUCGGUGGUUCCAGUGGUUUUGGUUCUGGUAUGUCUUCAAUGGGUAGUAGUUAUGGCUUUUCUUCGAGCCAAGGAGGCGGCUGCAUCCCUCCACCGAUCACCGCUGUCCAAGUCAACAAGAGCCUGCUGGCCCCCCUGAACCUGGCUAUCGACCCAUCCAUCCAGGUGGUCCGCACCCAGGAGAAAGAGCAGAUCAAGAACCUCAACAACCGCUUCGCCUCCUUCAUCGACAAGGUCCGUUUCCUGGAGCAGCAGAACAAGAUGCUGGAGACCAAAUGGAGCCUCCUGCAGGACCAGACCACAACCCGGUCCAACAUCGACAGCAUGUUCGAAGCCUACAUCGCCAACCUGCGCAGACAGCUGGACGGGCUGGGCAACGAGAAGGCCAAGAUGGAGGGAGAGCUGAGGAACAUGCAGGGCCAGGUUGAGGACUUCAAGAGGAAGUAUGAAGAUGAAAUCAACAAACGUGCAGCUGCAGAGAAUGAAUUUGUGCUCCUGAAGAAGGAUGUUGAUGGUGCUUACAUGAACAAGGUGGAGCUGGAGGCCAAAGCUGAUGCUCUUCAGGAUGAGAUCAACUUCCUCAGGGCCGUCUAUGAGGCUGAGCUUCGUGAACUGCAGGGCCAGAUCAAGGACACCUCCGUCGUCGUGGAGAUGGACAACAGCCGUAACCUGGACAUGGACUCCGUUGUGGCUGAAGUGCGUGCUCAGUACGAGGACAUCGCCAACCGCAGCAAGGCUGAAGCAGAGACCUGGUACAAACAGAAGUACGAGGAGAUGCAGAGCUCUGCCGGACAGUAUGGGGAGGACCUGCGCUCAACCAAGACUGAGAUCUCUGAGCUGAACCGCAUGAUCGCCCGUCUUCAGAAUGAGAUUGAGUCCGUCAAGGGACAGAGGGGCAGCCUUGAGGCCCAGAUCGCAGAGGCUGAGGAGCGUGGUGAGCUGGCAGUGAAGGAUGCCAAGCUCCGCAUCCGGGACCUGGAGGAAGCUCUGCAGAGAGCCAAGCAGGACAUGGCCCGCCAGGUGCGCGAGUACCAGGAGCUGAUGAACGUCAAGCUGGCCCUGGACAUUGAAAUUGCAACCUACAGGAAACUGCUGGAAGGAGAGGAGAGCAGACUGUCCAGCGGAGGUCCAAGCGCCACCAUCCACGUGCAGCAGACCUCUGGAGGUGGUGGAUUAUCCAGCUCCAACUCCGGAGGUGGAUUCGGCUACGGUGGCAGCAGCGGCGGUGGCUACGGUGGCGGCUACGGUGGCAGCAGCAGCGGCGGCUACGGCGGCGGCAUGUCUGGUGGUUAUGGUGGCACCAUUACCAAGUCCACAGUCUCAUCAACCAGUUCCAGGAGAGUCUAUUAAAAAGGAGCGCCAUCCCUCUUCCCCUUCAGCAACCCUGGAGUUUGAUCUCAACCUGUACCCGCUCAUGGUGCUAUGCAAUAUUGUUGAGCUUGAACCCACAACGCAGCUUAAUAAAUUGUGUUACACUGCUACCAGUUGUGUUUCAUGGAUCACUGGUGGCUUUUCUUGUAACAAAUAAUACAAAAUACAAACAAACACAAAGGCUUUGAUGGAGGGUUCAAACUAAACAAGGGACAUUUGACAAUCUGUACUUAAAUGUGGUGUCGUCGUUGCUACAUUUGAGUGCUGAUGUCGGUCGGGGGAGCAACACAGUGACCAGAUCCAGAUGAAUCUGUGUGACUUCACAUGCACUUAGUUUCACUUUGAACUUGUUGUCCACUGACUCGUUCUUCUGACUGUCGAACGGUUCCAUGUUUACUUUUUGUGCAUUCACCUUCCGGCGAGAAUAAAAACUACGUCGAAAACCCAGAUUUAUUUUUGUAUCGGCAAAUAAAUAACUAAAUAAAUAAAUCUGAGAACUUAA